AGGAAGUAAAAGCAGCCGCACGAAACAGCAGCAAGCAAGCGAAGGCAGAGUUUGGGUUUCUCAUUGCUGAAAGCUUCGAAGAAAGGGAAAAAAAUGGAAAAAUCAGAUGAGAUGGUAACGCCGGGAGAGGUACUGGGAAGAGCCACAGAGCUGAAAGCAGGGAAAGGAGCGUACGUCGCGUCUCAAAACAACACCAUAUACGCUUCCCUCACCGGCUUCCGCCGCAUCCAGCCCCCUCCUCCCGAUUCUCCUGACCAGAGACCAACUGUGGAAGUAACUGGUCACAAAGCCCAUGGUCCUGUACCGGAACCUGGUUCGGUUGUCAUUGCCCGAGUUACUAAGGUGAUGGCUAGGACAGCUUCAGCUGAUAUUAUGUGUGUUGGUCCGAAGUCCGUGAGAGAAAAAUUCACCGGAAUAAUUAGGCAACAGGAUGUUAGAGCAACUGAAAUGGACAAGGUGGAUAUGCAUUCGUCAUUUCAUCCUGGUGAUAUUGUCAGAGCUGUGGUUUUCUCUUGGAGAUGCGCGGGCUUAUUACCUAUCAACGGCUAAGAAUGAACUAGGUGUUGUGUCUGCCGAGAGCUCAGCUGGUGCAACAAUGGUCCCAAUAAGUUGGACCGAGAUGCAGUGCCCAUUGACUGGCCAAAUCCAGCAAAGGAAGGUAGCGAAGGUAGUAAGUUAACCCAACUGAAACCAAACUAAGUUAGUACCAGCCUCAGAUGUACCCAUUUUCAAGUUUAGGCUUUGAAAGUUGCAUUUGAGAAACAUGGAUAUUGGGGAUUUUGUAUCACAAAGCCCUUCCCUAGCCUGAUAGGUACCCAUUUUCAGGCAUCAACUUUCUUAUCCCAUUUUUGUAAAACCAUAUGUUGGUGGAGAAUUUGAAACAUGCUUUGUCUCUGUUUGA